UAUUCACUGUUGUUUUACAUUGAUUUGUCUUCUGUAGCGUGUCUGUUCCUCUUUAGGCAUAUCGUCAAUGGCUAGAUUGACUAUUGGCCUUAAUUUGACUUUGACUAGCACAUCAAAACAAACAAGCAAGCUUACUUAUUGUACUCAAUUUACAAAUACUCUUUAAACAAAAGCUUGUGCAUAAUGAUUCUAGAAGUAGCUUCCAUGUUCCUCCUAUGUACUGUGCUCUAUACACAGUGUGUGUGUGUGCUGACUGUGUUCCAUCCGUCUGUCCGUCAGAUCUUUGAGCGUAUCCUGUUCAUCUGGGCGAUCCGCCACCCGGCCAGCGGCUACGUGCAGGGCAUCAACGACCUCGUCACGCCUUUCUUCGUUGUCUACGUCUUUGAGUACAUCAAGGAGGAGGUGGAGAACUUUGACGUGUCCAGCUUGCAGGAGGCGGCUUUGCGAAACAUCGAGGCUGACAGUUUCUGGUGCAUGAGCAAAUUGUUGGACGGCAUUCAGGACAACUACACAUUUGCCCAGCCGGGGAUCCAAAGGAAAGUCAAGGCUCUGGAGGAGUUGGUCAGCAGGAUCGAUGAAACGGUGCACGUCCACAUGCAGCAGUAUGAAGUGGAGUAUCUCCAGUUUGCCUUCCGUUGGAUGAACAACCUGCUGAUGAGAGAGCUGCCGUUACGCUGCACGAUACGCCUCUGGGACACAUACCAGGCUGAACCUGAGGGAUUCUCUCACUUCCAUCUCUACGUGUGUGCUGCUUUCCUGGUACGAUGGAGGAAAGAGAUUCUGGACGAGAGAGAUUUCCAGGGUCUGAUGAUUCUGCUGCAGAACCUACCCACCAUGCACUGGGGCAACGAGGAGGUCAGCGUGCUCCUGGCUGAGGCCUACAGGUUGAAGUUUGCCUUCGCUGAUGCCCCCAACCACUACAAGAGAUGAGUGUGGGCCCCUGACAGCUAGCUACUUGAACCCCUGACAGAGGCCCCCUGGCGGACAGAUGGAUGGAUGGAACCCCUCCUUGACUUUCUUGUCCCUCUGCAGUCCACAACCGUUGCUUACUCGUAGAUGAAAACAAAAACGUUUGCGUCACAAAUGGCGCCCUAUUCUCUACAAGAUGCAUUAUUUUUGACCAGAACCCCAGGUAGAGCACUAUGUAGGGAAUAGGGGGCCAUUUGGGAAGCCAUUGCUUCUUGGUAUGUGUGUACCGUUCUAACCGACUGUUCUUCUUGACUCCUCUUCUCUUUGUUCUUAACCAUGAAAUUACAUUUGUGCAACACUCCAACAACAUCAAUGCCUGUCCCAUCGAAGUAGACCCCAACCACAACAGACCUCCAGUCAGUGUGGUAGUGGAGAUCUAGCUGCAGACACAUGAAUGACUGUUCUAGACUGUCCUGUACUGUUUGUCCGUGACUGGCCACCGUCCCCAAGGAACUCAGACCUUCUCCUAGAGGCCCAGUCACAUUGAGUGGAUCUCCACAGCAGGCGCAACAUGUCCCGAGACCUAAUGAAUGAAUUGUCUGAACGAACCGUGUGUGUGUGUGGGUGUGGGGAGGGGGGGGGGGGGGGGCAGAGAGAGGUCUUUUUGUACUUGGUUGAUAUGUCACUUUUAAUUCCUAAGGAAACUGAGGACACAUGUCGUCAUUCCUAGCUGGCAUCGAGCUCUUCUUUCGUGUCAGUGCUUUCAGUUCAAAACAAGCAGUCAAUCCCCCAGAGACAAGUAGGUUUUUGUUCAAAACAGAAACACAUUCACUUAAAAGUGAAUAAUUAGAUAAGGAAAUAUCUUAUUGUUAUGAAUGAUUUCGUUCUGACUCUGACAUGCUGGGCUGGAUCUAAUGAUGUGUCUAACAACACUCGCUGAACUAUAUUAUGUAAGAUAUGGAAUAUUUGCCGGUUGGCUGAGGGAGGGACGAGUGUCGCGUGACUCUCCCUGACAUACGAUCAUCUCUGAACCUAGGACUCACUACCUAAUUGGUACUGCACCGUGCAGUGGUGAGCAGUCACCUUUUAGGCCAGGAGAUUUUCUAGUGUGGUCACAUGGCCAGAAAACUCGUACCCGUAUACGGGUUGGUAAUGGCAGAUUUGGGCAGUGGCUGUACAGUAACAUGUCAGCACUGUAUGGGUUUUGACUGACGGACAUUCUGAACUUGAGCACCUUGCGCGACCUUGUUGCAAAUGUGAAUGUGUUUUCAGUCAAUUUACCUGGUAAAAUAAAAACCAAAAAAAUAUAUAUAUAUAUAUAUAUAUUUUUGUCUUGAGUGAGGGAAUUGCUGUACAUUUUGAAAGAUGAGAAAUACCGCUUUAAUGUCAUAAUCUUGCCAAACACCCGUGAGUCCAAAAUGUGCACUUCACACUUCCAUAUCAUAAAACUAAUGUCAUACACAGUGUCAACAUUUCUGAUCACUAUGUUUGAUAUACAGUUACAAGAUGAUGUGGCGUCAUACACGGGGUUGUUCUGAACCGAAUGAGCCUAAUAUUUGUCUGUUCUGAAGAAAAUUUGCCGCGGCACACGCACCUGAAUGCACUCAAGACUCCGUUCUAUGUGCACCAGGAUUAUACAUUGCAUUCUGAAAGCAGGUAACAUCGUGUUUUAUAACUUAGCUAGUCAUUUUGGCAAUAGAACAAGCUUUCAAAUGACCCAAAUGGACCGUUUUUGGAUUGCGUUAACAACCAUAGUAAUUGUGUGAUGAUGGGGAUGCAGGGUUGUGUUCCAAACAAACCAAAUACAAGUGUAUUUGUGCUAGUUUCUCAGCGGCACAGCUAGGAGAGCUCAUGAAAAGGCACCUUAUAGUUGAAGACUCUUCUUUGAGUCAUUAAAGUGCUUUGAAAUAACCUAGGAACUAUGCACACUUUGGGGAGGUACAUGGCCACAAGGAGACACCAGUUCGUCCUCUCGCUCAAACCCUUGUCAUUUUUUUUGUCUUGUGUUGCACCUACCACACAUUUUCCAGGAAUGUACUUAUGUUACUGAAUAUAUCCAGAGUAUUUUCGGAUUUUAUCAACAAAUGCAGUGAAAGUACAGUAAAUGUAGAAUGCACAUCAAAUCAAGUGUAAAAUUUUUCCCAUAAUCUCCGAACUGUUCCCUUUCAACUGCUACCAUGGUUAUGCAUAUGCUUUUCAUAUUUCUUCUCUAAGAAACAUUUCAUGUUAGCCGUAUCCAUAUAGUCAAAUUUCCAUGCGUGUACAAAAUACUCCUCAAAACCCAGAAGUAGUUUUGUGGUCAGAAUAAACUCCUGGACGACGACUAUUUGUAACUGGUCAUAGCCCAGAACUAGGGCCCAUUCAGUUAUUCAGUCUAUUCAGCCCAGAACUAGGGCCCAUUCAGUUAUUCAGUCUAUUCAGCCCAGAACUAGGGCCCAUUCAGUUAUUCAGUCUAUUCAGCCCAGAACUAGGGCCCAUUCAGUUAUUCAGUCUAUUCAGGAACACUGACUGGGGAUGUUAGGGUGGAAUACGUUCUCCAUUUGCCUUCUUUUGACUGCUUAGAGUUUUUAUUUGACGUACCAAAUUAUGUGAUUAGUUUGUUUUUGCCUGGUGUAGAGCCCUCAAACACAACUCUGGACUCAACCCAGUUCCACUCCUAUUUUUCAUUGUUCCCCUCUAAUCAGGGACUGAUUUAAUCCUGGGACAACAGGUGGGUGCAAUUAAUUAUCAGGUAGAACAGAAAACCAACAGGCUCCGGCCCGCGAGGGUUAAGAGUUGUUAUACCCCUUGCGUAGAGGGUGGAUAUACGAUGUAAAUUAGACGUUGAAAUUAUAUUAUGUACCACUUUUAUCGUCAAAAACAUCCUGCCAGGUAACGAUGAAGACCAAUAAUUGUUGCAUGAACUCCUCAAUGAUGUGUGUGUUUAUGUGGGUUGGGAGUGUGUGUAUAGAUGGGGCAGCUUAAUACUCUGUAUUUGAACCUCCUCAACUUCUUUUGAUCAUGUCGGUAAUGGUGUUGCGCUCCAUGUCAGCUCCGGGCCCAAUUUCCUAUUCUCACGUUGAUUAGAAACUUUUUUUAAACUGCACUUGAUAAAAGUCCAUUUUCUUCCCUUUUUUUGUACGAAAUAUAUUAUUUGGAAUCAGCUUUAAAAGAAACAAAUGUCUUUCUCUCCCUUUUUUUAUAUAUAUACUGUUUACAUGAGCCUAUUAAGUUGUGCCUAAUGUAGAGAUAGCAGAUGAUCAUCAUAGAUAUUUAUUUUACCUUAAUUUAAGCUCUGCAAAUGAAACGAGAACGUUUAUUCAGUUGAUGCUCUCACACUCGGUGUUUGCUAAGCCAUGACAGUAUCUGCAUCCAAAAUGGCCCCCUAUUCCAUAUAUAGUGCACUACUUUCGACCAGAUCCCUAUGAGCCCUGGUCAAAUUAGUGCCCGGUAUAGGGAAUAGGGUGCCAUUUGGGACGCAACCGAUGAGUCCACAGAAUCACAUCUGUAAGUCUAGCAGCUGCCUUCUCUGGUGUCCUUAUGCGUUUCAACUUGGUUUGAUGUACCGAACAACCCUUACACACACCUUCGGUGUUGCCAUGGUUACGGUGGCGACCAGGUGUCCGUCCGCUGGCUGGAGGCCUCGGACACACACACACUGGACGUUGCAGUCAGCAUCUCAUGGGGCAUGACCUAACAUGUUUGGUCUGCCUCCUAAAACAUUUUUUGGGGGGGUUGUAUUUUACUGUUGCUCGGUUUCUUUUCAGAGAUUCAAAUGUUUCUGACCAAACUACGACUGGUCCUCUUUCCCUUAUGACUUCUUACUAAGACAUGUGAAAGUGUGAAUCUCAUGCAGUGGAGAGUGAUCGUGAUUUUCUUUUUUUAAAUACGUGUACAGAGAAUGAAUUUUGAAACAAAGAUCUGUAAAUAGAAAAGUGUAAAUAAAUGCUAUAUAUGACCAAA